ACCAGAGCUGGUCUCACACCUAACACUACCUGGCCAAACGUUGCCAGAAAGUCUGACACAGUGUGGCCAGAUCGCAGUCACGGCAGUGCAUUUUCAACAAAAAUAAGUUGAAGAUUAUAGCGUUGCAGCCGCAGCAACAGCAACCAACAACAAAGGCAGCUUAAAGUGCAACCUAACGGGAGUUGCUCCUACGUAUAUAUAUAUAUAGCCAAUCCAAACCGGGGAGAUAAUCCAUUAUGGCUGAUCCAGAGCGACAGAGCCUGAUCAACAAGGACGACGGCAAUAACUACAACGCUGUAGAGGAAGGAGCCGAUAAUCCCGGGAGCAGCUCAUCAGUGGCUACCAACGAAGAUGGCAAUGGAGCACCAACAGCAGUGCCAUGCAUUGGGCCUGAUGAACUGCCGCCGCCGUAUCAUCAGAGCUCUAACACCGGAGGCGUGCCCAUGGUCACCUGUCGGGUAUGUCAGCAAAUGAUUGACAUCACCACGAAGCGGGAGCAGCACGUGGUCAAGUGCACCCAUUGCAAUGAGGCUACUCCCAUUCGAAAUGCUCCCCCGGGCAAGAAGUAUGUUCGCUGCCCAUGCAACUGUUUGUUAAUCUGCAAGAGCUCCUCGCAGCGUAUCGCUUGUCCAAGGCCGAAUUGCAAGAGGAUCAUCAACCUGGCCCCAAGUCCCGUCACCCCGCCCGUGCCCACCAUGCCGGGCAUGUGCCGCGUCACCUGUGGACAUUGUUCCGACACGUUUUUGUUCAACACGUAUCACAACGCCUUGGCCCGGUGUCCACACUGCAGAAAGGUCUCAUCGGUGGGCUCUCGGUUUGCCAAUAGUCGCGGCGUAAUGUUUGCAAUUGUGGCAUUGGUGUUCCUCAUCACAGGCAUCGGCGUAACCAUUGGCACAUACUCGAUUGCUUCGACUCACGGUGGCAUGUACUUCCUCUAUGUGGCACUGUUUGUGAUUGCGGGGUGCAUGCUGGCCCGCUCCGCCUACUAUUUCCGCCUUAAAGUGAGCGCCAUCGAUGGGCCAAUGUAAAGCUAAGCCACGGGGUCAGCAGUAAAGGAAGUGCAUUGUUUUAUUUUUAUAUAUAUAUAUUAUUCAUAUAUAUCAUUCCUUUUGAUAUUAAAUUUAACUAAACACAAGCAGCCAAUUUGCAGACGGAACAUAUGAACAUUUCUCCAGAAGUCCAGCUAAAAAAUUCCCAAUUUUGAGCAAAAAACAAAAAUAGAAAACCUAGCUAAAUUUAAUGAAAGAGGGGUCCCCGUUUAAAGUGAUUUUGAAAAGCAUAAUUAGGAUGUUAAGGCCGUAACUAACUAAAACACUAUACUAAAAGCAAAUAUUUUGGGAGUCGCAAGAAAAGCUACCAUUAAAGUGCUAAAAAGAGAAACGGAGAACUGUAGGCAGUCAUUAGUUAUUAGAUCAGCGACCGAUCAAUUCACUUGCAACUCAUAUAUAGAAUCUUCAGGAGCCAUUUUAAAAUAUUUGUACAGUUUUGUUAAGUGUCCGACUUGUUAUCCGUUUGUGCCUGUCCUGCAGUUAUUUGGGUAUUUAUUCUUUACGUAUUCGUUGAUGCGCUUUGAAUUUUUUUUGUUGCUAAGAAUUUAUUCAAUGCACUCUUCUCAGUUCCCGCCAAAAGCAGAUGCGAGCGUUUUGUUUUUUGGCGUUAGCAAUAAUUUAAAGGGUAUGCUAAUAGUGCUAAAUGAAGGUACAUACAUACGCGCAUAUAUACCAUACAUACAUAAUUAUAAUGAAAAUUAAAUUAAAACCAACACUUCUUGAACAACAGAGAACAAGCAACGCUCAUGCAGAAGAAAACAAUUUAGACAGCAACUGCUAAACUGCGAAAUUAUAAAUAUAUAUAUGAUUAAAAGGAACGGUUUACUUUUGAAAUAUAUAUAUAUAUACAACAUUUAUAUUUAGUACAUUAUAAAUUAGCAUACAUACACUGUAAAUAAAAAGAAAUAAAACCA